AUGGCUAAAAGGCAUAAGCACUAUGAGAGAAACUCUUCUAACCGAGGCGGUCGUGGGGGAUAUCGCGGUCAUCAGCAUUCGGGUGGACGAAGACGAGGGCAACCUACUGGAAUAGAUGCAAAUCCUAUACCAAUUUUUACUCGGGGUGAUUUGACGCAGACUGAUAUGGUUGAAGAUUUUUAUUUCGGCCGUCGAAGUGAUAGAUCCUUCUUGAAGAAAGCUUCCAUGCGAACAGGAGGGUCGCGGCCUGCGUUUUGGGAUUCCAGGGAUGGACGUAGAGGUAAUCAAAACUUACCAGCGAGGAAAAGACCUAUCAAAUUCAUUAAAUGCAAGGAAGUUUAUGAUCCUUCUAAAAAUAUGAUACAAUUGCUAUCCUUAGCAGGGAAACAGAAGGCUGAACGUUUGCUUUCAAAGACUAAUCCUGGUGAUGAUGUUGAACAAAAUUCUUCAGAUGAAUCGAAGAAGACUGUCCCUACGAAAAGUCAACAAAGCAUUGACAUUAAUAAUCGCCAGAAGCUAUCUGAUAUAGAUGAUGAAAUGCUGUUUUUUGUUGACCAAAAAGGUGAAACCGUCCAUGAAGUAAUGGAAGUUACACCUAGUGCAGACGCUACUGAUGGGCAAUCGUGUACUGAAUUUAAUCCUACAUUGACCAUCGGAAAAACUCAGAUAAACGUUAAGCAGAGUAGUAGUGGAGACGUACAUCUAGCACCAACUCAUAGCCAUCAUCCCUUUAAAGAUUAUUACUUUGGUCAGGAUGUGAAUGAGGAGUGCGGUGAGCAGAAUAAGGAUACAGAAAGUGAUGAUCAAAAAGAUGAACAUACCCCAUCUCAAGUCUCUUCAUCUGAUGGCAUCCCUAAUCAAGAUAAUUCUCUCGUGUUAAAUUCCGAUUCAAGUUGUGCUCGGCAAUCUCUUUCCCAAAAUAUUGGAAACUUGACCUUGGCUGAUAUUGAAAGUGAAUCCGACUCUGAAUCGCUUUCUAGUAAAGAGUGGGAACCAAAUCCAAAGCCAAAUUCAGUGCCAGAAUUUGGAAUGUUAGAAGAGGACCAUGUUGCUGACAUGGCUAAAGUUAAUGUUACGAACAUUAGAUUGGGAGCUCGUAAUCAUAGCUAUUACGUCUCUUGUGAAAGUUAUUUCAAAGAUAAUGAAUCUAGAUGGUUAGACCAUGACAGUAUGACUGAUCUGGUCUUUGAAUUAGGUCUUCCUGAAAAUCGCCUAGGUUCCUAUCUUGAAUCUAUUAAGAAUGAUUUGCUGUCGAACGAUGAAGAUCUUGGUGAGGGUUUAGAGGAUUUGGUGGAAUACAGUCUGAAAUAUGAACGUGUAAGAAAUCAAGAGCAUGAAACUAAGAGCUUGGAGUAUAGUGGUCGUGGUAAAAAGAAAGUGCUCGUCCUGGAUGAAGUUAUAGAUAUAGAUGACGAUAUUAAAACACUACUUCAAGAUAAAGCUACCAUUAGAUUCGGAAAAGCAGCUGAAAAGAGGCAACUUAAAAAGACACUCAUAAACGAAGAUGAUAUAUAUCCCGUUGAUCUUUACCAAAAGUAUCCAUAUCGAUUUCAUAUUGAAAACAUUAUCGAAGAACUAAAUAACUUUGUUUUAAGCAAAAGUAAAAUCAUGAACUUCCCACCAUUAGAUGCCCACGGUAUACAAACUCUGAAAAAUCUGGCAAAGGCUUUUGAACUAUCGUACACGACAGCCGAUGUCGGCGGAAAAACGCACUUAUUCCUCCAAAAUAAUGAAGGAGCGACAAUAAACCAUCGUUUGAUUAAUAUCAUUCGAAGACAACGGCCAGUAUUCCCGAGACGAGAUGCCAAGAGAGAAGAUCGAUCUGCUGCGUACAAGAUUAAAUUCCACGUGAAUGAAGGUGAAAUUGUUGGCAAAGAUGCGCCCAUUAUUGGCCAAGACAAUGUAGGCAGAAAACUAUUGGAAAAACUUGGGUGGACCCAUGGCGAAGGUCUAGGAGUGCAUGGUAACAAGGGAAUUAGCGAACCAUUGAUGGCUACAGUUAAGAAAAGUAGAUCUGGCCUUCGCCAUGUAGACAAUUCAACAUCUUAG